AGUAGGGAGUUUCUGCUAGGGUCUGGAUUGGAGUUACGCACAGACCGGACCCUACCCUGUAUGAGUGGUGUCUGAGGAGAAAAAGAGGAUUCCCCUUUCCGCAAAGAAUCUACAUGUCUAAUAUUUAGACAUGUUCAGCUUUGUGGAUAUCCGGCUAGCGCUGUUGCUCUGCGCAACAGUGCUUUUGGCGAGAGGUCAAGGCGAGGAUGAUAGCCCAUUUGGCAGCUGCACAUUAGAUGGACAGUUGUACAACGACAAGGACGUGUGGAAACCAGAGCCAUGCCAGAUCUGCGUGUGCGACAGCGGGACCGUCAUGUGCGAUGAAGUGAUCUGCGAGGACACGUCCGACUGCGCCGACCCCAUCAUCCCCGAUGGAGAGUGCUGCCCUAUCUGCCCCGACACCGACACCCCCGAUGAUGAAACCGUGAUGCCACCCACUGAGGAGCCCAUUGAGGGAGGUCCUGGUGAGAAGGGAGACAGGGGUCCCGUCGGUCCUCCUGGCAAUGACGGAUUCCCCGGACAGCCCGGCCUGCCCGGACCUCCCGGCCCCCCUGGCCCCCCUGGCCUUGGCGGAAACUUCUCUCCUCAGAUGAGCUACACUGACCACUCCAAGGCCAGCGGCCCCCCAGUCCCCGGCCCAAUGGGUCCCAUGGGUCCUCGUGGUCCUCCUGGACCCUCUGGCCCCAGCGGUCCUCAGGGAUUCACCGGACCCCCUGGAGAGCCCGGCGAGCCCGGCGCUGCAGGUCCCAUGGGUUCUCGCGGUCCCUCCGGCCCCCCCGGAAAGAACGGAGACGAUGGUGAGCCCGGCAAACCCGGCCGCCCCGGUGAGCGCGGAGCUGCUGGCCCUCAGGGAGCUCGUGGAUUCCCAGGAACCCCCGGACUGCCCGGCAUCAAGGGACACAGAGGUUUCAGCGGUCUGGACGGAGCCAAGGGAGACGCCGGACCUGCUGGCCCCAAGGGAGAGAGCGGCGUCUCCGGUGAGAACGGCGUUCCUGGAGCGAUGGGCGCUCGCGGUCUUCCCGGUGAGAGAGGCCGCCCCGGACCUCCCGGCCCAUCCGGAGCCCGCGGUAACGACGGUAACACCGGUGCUGCUGGUCCUCCUGGACCCACUGGACCCGCUGGACCCCCCGGAUUCCCCGGUGGUGCUGGUGCUAAGGGAGAGACCGGUCCCGCUGGAGGCCGUGGAUCUGAGGGACCCCAGGGAGCCCGUGGUGAGCCCGGUAACCCCGGACCUGCUGGAGCUGCCGGACCUGCUGGCGCUCCUGGAUCUGACGGUUCUGCUGGUGCUAAGGGAUCUCCUGGCGCCGCCGGUAUCGCCGGCGCUCCCGGUUUCCCCGGUGCUCGCGGUCCUGCUGGAGCUCAGGGAGCCGUCGGUGCUCCUGGUGCUAAGGGUAACAACGGAGACAUCGGUGCCCCUGGUCCUAAGGGAGAGCCUGGUGCCAAGGGAGAGCCCGGCCCCGCUGGAGUUCAGGGACUUCCUGGCCCCUCUGGCGAGGAGGGAAAGCGAGGAGCUCGUGGUGAGCCUGGCGGCGGCGGACCCCGUGGACCCCCCGGAGAGCGCGGCGCCCCCGGUGCUCGCGGGUUCCCCGGUGCUGACGGAGGUGCUGGAGGCAAGGGAGCCCCCGGUGAGCGCGGUGCCCCCGGACCUCUGGGACCCCAAGGAUCCACUGGCGAGGCCGGUGUUCCAGGCGCCCCCGGUGCACCUGGAUCCAAGGGAGUGACCGGCAGCCCCGGAAGCCCCGGAGCCGACGGCAAAGCCGGACCUGCUGGCGCUACUGGACAAGAUGGCCGCCCCGGACCCCCUGGACCCGCCGGAUCCAGAGGACAGCCCGGAGUGAUGGGAUUCCCCGGAUCAAAGGGAGCUGCUGGUGAGGGUGGAAAGCCCGGUGAGAGAGGACCUGCUGGAGCUGUCGGCGCUGUCGGCGCUCCUGGUAAAGACGGAGAUGUUGGCGCUCCUGGACCUUCUGGCCCUGCCGGAGCCGCUGGAGAGAAGGGAGAGCAGGGACCUGCCGGUCCUCCCGGAUUCCAGGGUCCUCCCGGACCCCAAGGUGCUACUGGCGAGACUGGCAAGCCCGGUGAGCAGGGCGUUCCUGGAGAGGUUGGACCCAGCGGCCCGUCUGGACCCAGAGGUGAGAGAGGAUUCCCCGGCGAGCGCGGAGCUCCCGGCGCCGUCGGCCCAGCUGGAGCCCGUGGUGCCCCCGGAGCCUCCGGCAACGAUGGAGCCAAGGGAGAGCCCGGCGCCGCUGGAGCCCCCGGUGGUGUCGGAGCCCCCGGCAUGCAGGGACUGCCCGGUGAGCGUGGAGCUGGCGGUCUGCCCGGACUCAAGGGAGAGAGAGGCGAUGGUGGAGCCAAGGGAGGCGAUGGUGCCCCCGGCAAAGACGGCGUUCGUGGUCUGACUGGUGCUAUUGGACCCCCCGGACCUCCUGGUGCUCAGGGUGAGAAGGGCGAGGGCGGCGCUGUCGGAGUCGCCGGACCCACCGGACCCCGCGGUGCCCCUGGCGAGCGAGGAGAGAGCGGACCCCCCGGACCUGCUGGAUUUGCCGGACCUGCUGGUGCUGAUGGUCAGCCCGGUGCCAAGGGAGAGACUGGUGACACUGGACCCAAGGGAGACGCUGGUGCUCCCGGACCUGCUGGACCCGUUGGAGCUGCUGGUCCUCAGGGACCUGCUGGUCCUCCCGGAGCCAAAGGUGCUCGUGGUGGUGCUGGAUCUCCUGGUGCUACUGGUUUCCCUGGACCUGCUGGUAGAGUUGGACCCCCUGGCCCCUCUGGCCCUGCUGGACCUCCCGGACCCAUCGGACCCGUCGGUAAAGACGGCGCCCGCGGAGCUCGUGGUGAGACCGGUGCUGCCGGUCGCCCCGGUGAGGCUGGUGCCGUUGGCCUGGCCGGACCCCCUGGAGAGAAGGGAUCUCCUGGUUCUGAUGGAUCCCCUGGUGCCUCUGGUAUCCCCGGACCCCAAGGUAUUGCUGGACAGCGUGGUGUGGUCGGUCUCCCCGGACAGCGUGGAGAACGUGGUUUCACUGGUCUGCCUGGACCUGGAGGCGAGCCUGGAAAGCAGGGCGCUCCUGGAGUUGUUGGCGAGCGUGGACCCCCUGGACCCGCUGGACCCCCUGGACUGUCUGGUGCUCCUGGAGAGGCUGGUCGUGAGGGAUCCCAGGGUCACGAUGGUGCCCCCGGUCGCGACGGAGCUACUGGACCCAAGGGAGACCGUGGUGAGAGCGGCGUGGCUGGACCCCCUGGAUCUCCUGGUGCUCCUGGAGCCCCCGGUGCUGUUGGCCCCUCAGGAAAGACUGGUGACCGUGGAGAGUCUGGUCCCGCCGGUCCUGCUGGUUCUACUGGCCCCGCUGGUCAGCGUGGUCCUGCUGGCCCUGCUGGAGCUAAGGGAGACAGAGGAGAGGCUGGCGAGGCUGGAGACAGAGGCCACAAGGGACACAGAGGAUUCACCGGCAUGCAGGGUCUGCCCGGACCUGCCGGAUCUGCUGGAGAGCGAGGACCUGCUGGUGCCAACGGACCUGCUGGACCCAGAGGACCUUCUGGAUCUAACGGCUCCCCUGGUAAGGACGGCAUGAAUGGCCUGCCCGGACCCAUCGGACCCCCUGGACCUCGCGGUCGCAAUGGAGACAUGGGACCUGCUGGACCUCCUGGACCUCCUGGACCCCCUGGAAUCCCCGGCGCCCCCGGAAGCGGAUUCGAUUUCGUCAGCCAGCCUCUCCAGGAGAAGGCCCCCGAUCCCCUGCGCGGAGGCUACCGCGCCGACGAGCCCAGCAUGAUGCGCGACCGCGACAACGAGGUCGACAGCACCCUCAAGACCCUGACCCAGAAGGUGGAGAAGAUCCGCAGCCCCGACGGCAGCGAGAAGAGCCCCAUCCGCAUGUGCCGCGACCUGAAGAUGAGCCACCCCAAGUGGAAGAGCGGCCUGUACUGGGUCGACCCCAACCAGGGCUCUCGUCUGGACGCCAUCCAGGCCCACUGCAACAUGGAGACUGGUGAGACUUGCAUCUACCCCACCGAGUCCGUCCCAAUGAAGAACUGGUACCUCAGCAAGAACUCCAGAGAGAAGAAGCACGUCUGGUUCAGCGAGUCCAUGACCGGUGGAUUCCAGUUCCAGUAUGGCAGCACCGCAGCCGAUCCUGAGGACGUCAACAUCCAGAUGACCUUCAUGCGCCUGAUGUCCAACCAGGCCUCUCAGAACGUCACAUACCACUGCAAGAACAGCAUUGCCUACAUGGACUCUGCCACCGGCAACCUGAAGAAGGCCCUGCUGCUCCAGGGCUCCAACGACGUCGAGAUCAGAGCCGAGGGCAACAGCCGCUUCACGUACAUCGUCAGUGAGGAUGGCUGCACGUCACACACUGGCUCAUGGGGCAAGACAGUCCUGGGCGUCAAGACAUCAAAAACAUCCCGCCUUCCCAUCAUUGAUAUUGCUCCUAUGGAUGUUGGUGCACCUGAUCAGGAAUUUGGCGUCGAAGUUGGCCCUGUUUGCUUCUUGUAAAAAUGAAAGAAAUAUGGACAUGACAUUGUUGUUUUUUUUUCUAGCAGUCAUCUCUAAACCUUUUUUUCUAUGCAUUCAAAACUCAUUCGGCUGCCAUUGGUCCACAUGCUUAAAACCACUCUACUGAAGACGGUGUUUGAGACGUUUCUGGGACUGCAACUUCGACCGAAACCAACCACAAGGACACUUUAAAAAGAAUCUAUUGUUUCCACUGGCAACAAGAAAAUAAUAUAUACUUGUGUAAAAUUUCCCCCGGAGAUUGAGAAACAAAAAGAUCUGCUCACGCAAUGAAACACAGGUGACUCUGACCGUUUUUCCACCACUGCAGAAGGACAUUGAAAACAACAAGUGAUAUGUACCAUUUUUCUGGUGUUAAAUAAAUUGUAAAAAGUGUGAAGUGUCUUCUUGUUCUAAAUUCAUUAAAGAAGAAAGAAAAGAAAAAAAAAAACACCUGAACAUUGGUCAGACGAUGCAAAGACCCGACAAAGAAGCUCACCUUCAUUGCAAAAUGUGAUGGCUACCUCAUAACAACAUGUCGAAACCAACAAAAACGGUCUAUUAUGACAAAGUUCACAUGAAUUGGGGGAAAUUUAAAACAUUCAAAGGUGCUAUUUACCAGUUCGAAAAGGUCCAUUUGGUGUUUGAUGGUGAAACAUUCAUUGUCAUACUGUAAUUUUUGCCACUAAUGCCUGCAGAACCUUUGGUGCUACUCAAUUGACUCCAUGUCUUGUUGUCUAUGCAGUGCAAUUGUUUUCUUUCUUUAGUGCUGGUUUGAUGACGGAGGUGAUCACUGCAGAUGUUAUGCAUGCAAUCAUGUCUUUUGUAGAUAAAAGCAAGUGACUCUGGUUCAAUAUCGGUUCCCUGCCCGUUUGUUCAGUGUUCAUCCUUCUGUCUGUUUGCCCCUGUGGAAAAAAAAAACAAAACAAACUCCUCUUCACUAAAAGAAAAAAAGAACAGCACACAUCUCCCACUCUGUUGUUUAUGUUGUUUGUUGAUGUCUUUUCGCGAAGGGUUUCUUAAAAAAGAAUUUGAAGCAGACCCACUUUCAUGGUUUAAAAGAGAGAUUCUGUACUUAUUUUGUACAUGUAUAAUAAAUCAAGAUGUUUUUAAUUAUUUUGGGUGCUGAAAUAAAGCAUGUGAAGUGGUC